AUGGAACAUUUCAAUAUUACAUUAAAUGAUUUACCUGAUGAAAUUCUUCUCAUUAUUUUGAAGAACUUGAAAAGUUUUGAUAUACAUUUUUCUUUACAAGGUGUUAACCAACGACUAAAUCAAAUUAUUCAAGAAGAAAUUUUUACAAAUCGUUUAAGCUUUAUUAAACGAUCUUCAGAUAAUUUUAUUGAUCGACUUUCUGAUAAAACAAUACUUGAUCGAUUUUGUUUACAAAUUUUACCUUCAAUUCAUUAUAAAAUUCAAUAUUUGGCUCUUGGAUCAACAUCUAUGAAAAGUGUUUUACAAGCUAAUUAUUAUCCUAAUUUAUAUUCUCUUGCAUUAUUUAAUGUUGAUAAAAAAUCAUUCAAAAGUCUUUUGAAAAAUAAAAUCCUUUCAACUGGAAUAUUUAGAACUCAAAUCACAACACUUAAUCUUUCAUUUGAUCAAUGUGAAAAUUUUUUUGACAUGUUCUCAUCAAUAGCAAACAUAUUUCAACGUAUUUUUCCUACGUUUUCGAAAUUAAAGUAUCUAAUAUUGGAUAGUCGAUGGUAUUACAAUUGUGUUCGACUAAAUUCCGAUGAGUCUUCAUUUAUUCAUAAUUUUCGUUCAUCGACUCUGUUAUAUUUGGAUAUUAAAGUACAAUCUUAUAAUGAUUGUCUGUAUAUUCUCGAUGGUCGCUUCAAUCAACUUCAUACACUCAUUAUUGAUGUAGUUAAUCCUUUUGAUACAUACGACGUUCAAAAUCGAGACAAUUUACCAAAUCUAAAACAUUUUUCUUUUACAUGCAACUACGAGACAUAUUUCUAUAAUGAAACAAUUCCUCCGCUUCUCAAUCGAAUGUCGAAUCUUGAACGACUUGGCUUAUAUAUUGGAAUUGACAGUAAAACAACAUUUAUUGAUGGACAUUUUCUCAAACAUAAUAUUCUCAAUUCUCUCAGAAAAUUAAAUGAUUUCCAAUUUUCUAUUAUUUCAUAUUUAUCUAAUGUGAUGCAAUUAAAUUUACCAUCAACAAAAGAUAUUGAACAAACUUUUACUCAUUUCAAAUCUAAACAUAUCAUUUCUUGUGUUGAGUAUUUUCCAGAAAGUAAGAAAGGCCAAUAUCAUAUUUAUUCAUAUCCAUCUAAAAUGACACAUUACAAUGAUAUCACAAAUAAAUUUCCAGGUGGAAUAUUUGAACAUGUUCGGACGGUGUCAUUAUUUGAUGAAAAACCAUUUGAACAUGAAUUUUUUCUUCAAAUUCAAAAAUCAUUUCCAUUCAUGGAAGACGUAUGUAUUAGAAAUAGUAAACCACAAAAUCGUAAAGAAUUUAAUGAAAAUUUAUCUCCUAUUCAAUAUUCUUUUCUUCGUGUACUUCGUAUUUGCAAUGUUCAUGAUGAUUAUAUAAAACAAUUUCUCACUGAUACGAAGAACGAGUAA